AUGCCCACCUUGCGCGAACGCCCUAGCCGCGGCGACAUAUCCCCAGCAAAAAGGGCGUCUCAUCAACAAAAUUCCCCGAGCGCGACACGAUCAACCCCCCGUAAACGGCGAGGCAGUAUGACUAACCCUGACGCAAUUGAGGUGCGCGAGUCCAUCGAGGCUAAGGGCGACGCCGGCCAUGACAUCGAGAUGGAGGAUGUCGCUCCUGCAGCAGCGGCCAGCCCCACAGCGCACCGAGGAACCGAUGCGAUGGAUAUCGAUGCGGACGGCGAUGCAGAUGCAGAUGCGGAUGCGGACGCCGAUGCCGACGGUGAUGUGGAUGUAGAUGCUGAGGGAGAAGCGGAUGCGGAUGGCGUGGUCGAUGAAAUAGACGAGGAGGCGCGGAAAGAAGAGGAAUGGCGCGACCUGUUGCAACUCAUCAAAGACACCUCCGAAUACUUGUGCAGCUACACCAUCAAGGUUGAUGGAGAGGACCACGAGAUUGCUUCUGGCUUCCAGCGACUGGUCAAUAAGCGUAGUCUCCCAGAUUACUUCGAGGUGAUCAAGGAGCCCAUGGCGUUCAGUACCGUCAGAGGCAAAAUCGGCAAGAAGACGUACACCCGAUUCGACGAGUUCGUGCACGAUGUCACCCGCAUUUGCCAUAACGCGCAGGUGUACAACCGGCCUUCUGCGCCCAUUUUCUCGGAUGCCGGCCGUUUGCUGGAGGUCUUCAAGGAAAAGCUCGCCGAGAUGCGACGUGGUCGGCCACCGACGGUCUUCACACCUGUUGAGGCGCGUAUCCAGGCAAUUCUCAAGGGCUUGCGCCGGUUCAAGAACGAGUCCGGAGAGCUCCGGGUCCUCGCCUUUGAGCGACUCCCCGACAAGGCCGAUUUGCCCGAGUACUACGACGAAAUUCGGAAUCCUAUUGCCCUGGACACAAUAAAGAAGAACCACAAGCGCAAGAAGUACCAAUCUGUCGACCAUGCGCUCCAAGACCUCGACCUUAUGUUCAACAACGCCAAGCAGUUCAACGAGGAGGACAGUGAGGUCUAUCAGGAUGCUGUCGAGUUGGCCGCCCAGGCCCACAUCCUUGCCGAGCAGGAAAAGGCUAAGGCUGACGAGAGCUUCCGCGAUGAGGAUGGCAGGCUGCCGCUGGCCGGGAUUGAGCACCGGGGCCAAAUCUGGAGAGUGGGUGACUGGGUCCAUAUUCGAAACCCUAAUGAUUUGUCGAAGCCCAUUGUUGCGCAAAUCUACCGCACAUGGUCAGAUGCGGACGGCCAGAAGUGGGUGAAUGCGUGCUGGUACUACCGUCCCGAGCAGACGGUGCACCGGUUUGACAAGCAUUUCCUAGAGAACGAGGUUGUCAAGACGGGCCAGUACCGCGACCACCGCAUCGAUGACGUUGAGGACCGGUGCUUCGUCAUGUUCAUCACGCGCUACCCGCGCGGCCGGCCAAGGGGCCUUCCCGCGGACAAGUCAGUGUACGUGUGCAAGGCACGCUACAACGAAGAGAAGUACAAGUUCAACGAGAUCAAGACGUGGACGAGCUGCCUGCCGGACGAGGUGCGCGAACGGGACUAUGAGAUGGACUUGUUCGAUGCCCCGCGCGUCCUGCGCAAGGUGCCGAGUCCCAUCAAGCACCUGCUGCAGGCUGAUGCUAAAGAAACCGACGCCCUGCCCAGGCCGACCUGGAGAAGCCCGAACGCGCCGCCCCUGAUUGGCGCCGUCCAUCGUCGUCCCCGAGAGCCGAAUGCAUCACCGCCCCCUGAGGCCAAUCCGCUUCCCGUGGCCGUCGCACCUGUGCCCCUCGCCAUGGCGCCUGCCCAAAUCCCCAUCAAGGCCAACACUGGGAUGCCGGGCACACCAGCUGGUUACCAUCACCAGGCUGUGGCGCCUGCGCCGUCGCCGGCGCCUGCUCAUUUCCAGAUGCAGCACUUCCAGCCGCGACCUAUCCCGCAGGGCGCUCCUCACCAUGGUCAGCCGCCUGCUCAUCUACAACCGCAACCCCAGAUGGCGAUGCACCACCAUCCACAGCAUCCCGGGAUCCCACCUCAAAUGCAGCCAAGCCCUCACUACCCUCCCCAAGCGUACCCACCUCAGUACGCCGUGCAGCCCCAAAUGGCCCCACAGCCGGUCCAAUACCAGACGCCAACCCACAUCGCGCCCGCUUUUGACCAGCACCACCGCCCGGUGCAUCCAGCACCACAAGCCAUGACGCCCUCGCGCCAGCCCAUGCAGGCCGCACCCAGUAUGCCCGCUCACCCACAUGGCAAUCCGGGCCACAUCUACAACGCGCCCCGCGCGCCCGAGGUCUACACCCUUGCGGACCCCGUCGACGCCGCCAUUCCGGCCGAAGUGCGCGAGCAAUUUCAGCGCGACGAGCAAGGCCGUAUUCUCUUCUUCACUGCGCCGCCCCUUAGCCGCCCCGCCCAUGGCGUCGCUGAACAGAAUGCCGGGCUCGGUCACAGCGUUCGCCACCUGGCCACCAUCGGCGAGCUGCGUGCCGAGCGCGCUCGCAAGCGCAAGGAGCGUGAUGAUGCUCUAGCUGUUGAGCAAGAAGCCAACAAGAAGCUCGCGGCCUUACGCGAGCGCCAAGUCCAACUUGAGACUGAGGCUGACGAAAAGGCUCAAGCUGAGAUGCUCGAGAAGGUACUUGUUGCCUGGGCCGGCGAACUGGAUCGUGGUACCGCCGAGAUCGACGAGGCGUUGGGCGGCAUCGAGAACUGGAACCGUAUGAUGACCGAGGGUCGGGAGCGUGGCAAGAACCUGACGGCGGAGGAGAAGAAGACCGCGAAUUUGGAGUGGUAUAUUGAGUGGGCUAAGGCGCGCGGAUCCAUGGAUGAGAAGCAGGAGAAGUUGUGGCGAAGUUCGAUUGACCAGAAAAACUAA